AUGGAAUUGUAAUAUCAGGGUUUAUUACUUUACCUCGUUAUUUUAAUUUGAAUUUUGUAAAUUAAUUUUAAAUUUUGUUACGAAGAAUAUUUCUGCGUUGUGAUCCUGAAAAGAUUUAAUUUUAGAAUUAUGGCAAGUGCAUCUAUAGCCAAUAGAGCGAAGUCAACGAAUUGGCUCCGAUCGAAAUGGUCAGGAACCACUGUAACAACAACGGUGCAAACAGAGGUCCAUACUGGCGACGAUGGCCAACAAACUUUGGCCUUUGAGAAUCUCUUACCGUCUAUGUACAAUAAAUAUGGUGGCCUAAAUUCAAUAUUUGUCAAGAAGGACGUAAUAAGAGGUGAUUUGCCGAAAUCAUCGAAAAGAAAGGAGUCUUCAACUAAAGAGGAGCCGGUAUCGAGCAAGAAAAGCGCGAGUAGAAAAGUUACAGUCAGAACCGUUGAAAGUGAACCAAGCCCUAACGCUAUAAUUAUAACUGCUCGCUAUGAUAAGUUUAAUCGUUUGAUCGAAUUAGUUAUGAAUAAAACUGAUCUCCGAAUUCGUCAAAUCAUGCAAGUGAUUGCUCUUUUAGCGCCUUACUGUGAUAGUCUCGGCAAAAUAGUUAUACAACGCUGUCACAUAAACGCUUUUGUCAUAUACGACUUAAGCAAAAUGUUACCAUUGACGGCUAUAACCGAGAUUUGCCUGGAUGAGUCUCCAUUGCCCGAAGCUAAUUAUGCAAUACUUUUGAAUGCGGAGGGCAACGUACUCAAACACUUAUCAAUAGCAAGGUGUCUUAUCAAUGAUGUAGUGUGCGAACAAAUAGCUUCCAAACUACGUUACAAUAUGAUAGCUGGAAAACAACUGUUGACAUUGAAUUUAUCUUCUAAUCAUAUAACUGAUGAGGGUGCUAAAUUUUUAGCUGACGCCUUGCGAACCAAUCGUCGAUUGAGGUAUUUGAAUUUAGCAAAUAAUUGCAUCACUGACACUGGCUUCAAUCAAAUACUCGACACUUUGACGGAAUUUCCUUUGACUCCCACUGAGAUAACGCAGAAAAAAGCAUGCUGUGUUGAAUAUUUGAAAAAACGCCUGGCGUUUUUUAUGGACCAACUUCAUUUUACCGGGCUUCAUUCUUUGCCCGAUUGCGGUUCACGUGCUUCAAAGAUUAUUAUGAAUAAAAGCGAUGCCAUUAUUCCUGCAAAGAGUAGUGGGAAGAUACUGCCUCAGUAUAGUGCCGAUAGAAUAAAAAGUCGAACCGAAAUACCAGAGAUUAAAAAAGUUAAAGCACAAAGUCGUGAUAUUGAAAAAGUAAAUUCGGCGAAAUCAGCGACUACUUAUUCAAAACAAUCUGAGACAGUUAAACCUAAAGAUUUUAGUACAUUGUACGAUUGUAUGGGACCUUUUAACCCUGACCAUCUUGUAUACAAAGACGGUUGGACAUACUCCAAGGGAAACCUAGAACUUAGUUAUUUGAACGUUGCUUACAAUGAUUUAACUUUAAUAGGUAUGAGGAAACUAUUGACAGUUUUAACUUAUCAAAGCGAAGUAAGACAACCUGGGCAAACAGGCUUGAUAAAUAUUAUUAUUGAAGGCAAUCUUUUACCAUCAGACUGUCCAGAAAUAAGGGCGAUUAAUAAUGUGUUGGCUAAUAUACUUACCGGCACACGGUCCAGUACCAGUAAAAAAUUUACUUUUACAUGAUAGAGGACCUCAGGAUACGAACGCCAACUACAAUAAUAUUAUACAGUUCAUGGUAAGACACAGGAAUUUAUACUCAGUUUUUGCUCAAAUGCCUUUAAUAAACAGCUCAAUUAUAUUUACAAUAU